GGUGCAUGCCGGGAGCCGUAGUCCGGGGGAGCCGCCAUUUCGCCGGCAGCGUGGGCGCCGCCGCCCGCCGUGACUUUGCGCCAUGGAGAGCGGCUUCGGCUCCGACUUCGGCUCCGACUUCGGCUCCGGGGGCGGCGGUGGGGGGAAGCUGGACCCGGGGCUCAUCAUGGAGCAGGUGAAGGUGCAGAUCGCCGUGGCCAACGCACAGGAGCUCUUGCAGCGCAUGACGGAUAAGUGCUUUCGGAAGUGCAUCGGGAAGCCCGGCGGCGCGCUGGACAACUCGGAGCAGAAGUGCAUCGCCAUGUGCAUGGACCGGUACAUGGACGCCUGGAACACGGUUUCCCGAGCCUACAACUCCCGGCUGCAGCGGGAGAGAGCCAACAUGUGAAGCGCUGCGGAGCCAGGGAGGGACCAUGUGGGGAAGGGACGAGCGGCCAGUCCGGGUGGCUGGGGGCAAAGUUCUGCUGCCUUUCCAGCCCCUGCCAUGGCAGAGCAAUAAACCCUCGCUGAACCUUUUGCAUCCAUUGGCUUUUAUUAGCACCAGCCCCAGGAGCGAGUGAAUUUUCUGGUCUUAAGAGCCACCGUGAGCUGCUUGGUUUGCCUCAGACCCUCCCCGACGGUCCAGCCUGGCCGUGGCUGAUAAAUCCCCGCUGAAAGGGCUGCGAGAGGCAAGGAGCCUUCUAUGGAAAAGGUGGGCCAAGCCAGCACUACAGUCCCUUUGCCCAGGAAGCCAGCGUGGACCCAGCUGUCAGGUGGUUACCCGGUCCCUUUUCAUCAGUGGAAAAGCUGCCAUAAAGUGCUCCACGUGCCACACUUGGCUCUUUCUUCCCUUGUGUUUGUGUAGCUGUACAUGGGGCUCACUUUUGGGCUUGUAUGCUUUGACUCAGCUCAAGCAGUGUGUUGGGGAGCAGGGCUGCUCUUACUGGGUUUGCAGCACAGCCUUGCGAACAGUUGUGCAAACACAGCUGGGAAUGAAAAAGGUUGGGAAGCACUUAGGCUGAUUUCUUUAUAGAAUAAAACGUGUUGUGUGGCUGUGA